GCUUCCAUUCAUUAGCAGCGCGCAGGAGGGUGUGUGUAUGAGUGCCUGAGUGUGUGCGCGCGCGUGUGACACACGGGAUGAAGAUGAUGAGACUCCACUAGGACAAGUGAACCUUCUAGAUUGGAAAUUUCGGGAUCGGACCUGAUCAGCGUGUCCGCGCUCGGACUCUCCAUCUGCGGCUAUUAACCGGACACAUAUAGCCUACAUAUAGAAGAAUAUCUGCGUCUCUCUGUAUAAUGCCGAUACAAAUGAGAUUUCGGAGAAGGUCAUUUCUCGGGCUUUUAUUUCUAUUCUCGCUCUCCACUUCUGCGCUGUACUUCAUCUAUUCAGCUCCUGGCAUAGUUAACGAGUACCUGUUCAUGGUCCAGGCCCGUGGGAUCCAGAUCCGUGAGAAUGUGAAGAAUAUGGGAGCUCAGGUUCUUGAGCAGAUGGUCCGCAGUGCCUACAACGUCAACGGCACAGACUAUGCAUAUGAGUUUAACUUAAGUGAGACAGAUGUCCCCUCCACUCCUUACCUCCCAGUGGGCUUCACUUACAAGCGUGAUCAGGUCUGCCCAGAGAAACUGCCCUCCAUGAAGGGCAAGAUGAAGGUGAACAUGAGUGAGAUCGCUCUAGAGGAGGUUGAGAGACUUCUCAAGAAGGCAGAUCCAAGUUUGUCACUCGGGGGCCACUGGAAACCGCACGACUGUCUCCCACGCUGGAAGGUGGCCAUCUUGGUUCCUUUCCGUAAUCGCCAUGAGCACCUUCCCAUACUUUUCCGACAUCUGAUCCCAGUGCUUCAGAGGCAGAGACUGCAGUUUGGCUUCUACAUCAUUGAACAGGCAGAAAAUGAACCGUUCAAUCGUGCCAUGCUGUUUAAUGUCGGUUUCAAAGAGGCCAUGAAGGACUUGAACUGGGAUUGUGUAAUAUUUCACGAUGUUGACCACAUUCUGGAAAAUGACCGCAACUAUUAUGGUUGUGGUGAAAUGCCAAGACACUUUGCGGUCAAACUCAACAAGUACUCUUACAUGCUUCCAUAUGAGGAGUUCUUUGGUGGUGUGAGUGGACUCACCGUGGAGCAGUUCAGAAAGAUAAACGGCUUUCCCAAUGCAUUCUGGGGCUGGGGAGGGGAAGACGACGACCUUUGGAACAGGGUUCAGUUUGCUGGCUACAAAGUAAGUCGACCUCAUGGAGACACUGGUCGUUAUAUGUCAAUACCACACCACCAUCGAGGGGAAGUCCAGUUUCUGGGCAGAUACAAGUUGCUCCGUAGAUCCAAGGAGAGACAGAGCCUGGAUGGCCUGAAUAACUUGAAUUACUCCCCUCUAGUGUCCCGGAAGGGUCUGUACACUAAUGUGUCAGUGACGCUCAGUCGAGAUAUGGCCCCUGUCGCCGAUUACUGACAACACACAAGGGACGGGCAAGACAGACCCACGCCACAUGCUACACCAUUUUUAUAAGUUAUUUUUUGGGAAGUGUGGGGGGGAUUCCUGAAAUCUUUAAUGCUCAGAGCAUUUUUAUUUUAUUUUUAAAUGUAUCUUAUUUUGUUAUUAUCAUUAUUAUGUUUUUAAAUUUGCCUUUUCUAAAUUUUUUUUAAGCUAAUUUUACCACAGUUUUAUUUUAUUUUUUUUUUUCUUUGUCACUCAUCCACUGUCCGUCUGUCAUGUGAAUGGAUCCGUUCUUGAAUCCAAAACCCCAACUGCUGGUUUACCCUCAUCGGACCAUUCAGAUCCGACAUGUGGUGUGUGUCUUCUAAUCAGACUUUGCCUGGGGGUGAAGUCGCAUGUUUACAGCAUGAAUGAGAAAAGCUAUUGAACAAGUUAAUGACAAUUAUGCUAAACGACUUCAGAAUAGCCAUUGUAGGAGUUGAGGGAUAUGCCCUUUUCUCUGCCAGAAACAAACACAGCUGGUUCUGUGUGUUAGGAUGUAAACCAAUAAAUGCAGAUUCAAAUAUUUAUUAAAUAUAGAAUAAAUAAGCAUGCACUGAUACUUACGGUAGAUGCUUCUAACAUCACGGGUUUAAGUGUGAGUGUUCACUCAUGAAACGUGGAAACGAACACCCUCGAUCAUUUUAGCUGUACAAUACAAACAUGCUCAUCUACCACAAUGCAUACCGUCCAACACAGAGUUUUCUCGACAUUAGCAUGACCCCAUGAUAUGGCUUGACAAGCACAGUGUACUUUCCUGUGUUCAUGUGUCUUCCAGUAAAACAGGAAGUUGGGGCAUUUCAAAGGGCUUGUACAGUUUGUAAAUGGCCAGUAGCUUUUCGUUUAUGAUUUGCUACUUGCUAUUUCUAAUCAGGGGCAGGCGGUAUUGAGAGGGGGUCAUGAGAGGGAGUUAAAAUUUGCCCAGAAGAAAUUUUGGCCUCAUCUAUAUUUAUGGGCCGUUUUCCGUGAAGAGAUAUUCUCAGUUGUACAGUAACUGCUAAAGUGAGUUUUCUCAACUCUUAGGAGUACACCAGCACAUCAGACCUAAUAGACAUGGACUAAAGGCCACAAAACGAGGCCUUAAGAGCCGUAUACAAACAACCACAGCAAUGCCAGCAAAAUGCGCCUCGGUCUGAACAGUCACGCAUUUUUGCUCCGUUCACUGGGAUAUGUGUCAUUGGAACUAGAUUAGGACCAGCUGACUUGUUAGUUUUGAGAUUUGUCAAGCUGUAUUUAUGUGGGUCUGCUGGUCGUUUAAAACACUGGAUUGUCUGUCGAACAACAUUCUGUUGUUUGUGCUUACAGAGGGGUUUUUGCGUUAGUUCCUGCUUGCGCUGUGUAGAUAUUGUGAGAGUGUUUCCAAUGCACUGCCCUUCACAGUCAAAUCGACAUGCUUUGCAUUUUGAGCAAUAUGCUGUUGCCUCUUUGCGUGUGUAGUCACCUCACGUCUGAUUACAUGUGAAUGGAUUAUAAUAUGCUAUUGAGUUUUACUAGAGCCAAUAUUUGACAUUGUUUAAUUCUGAGUGUUAUUGCCAGGUAAUCUCUUGAACUGAAUUCGGACAAACAGACUGAGCAACUCUAUUAGACUAAACACAGACGCUUUGGGCUUCAUUCGUGAAACCACUUGCAUUCAUCUUGCGUUCAAGAAAUGCGUAGAAAUGUAGAACACAUGCAAAUAAUAUAGAGAUAGUUUACAUUCGUGUCGUUAUUCAUAAAAACAUUAUUGCGCAAUUUGUUGCAUUGAAAUGAAUGCAACUUAUUUUAUGAACAACUCGCACAGAAAUUGGUCCUGCUUGUGUUUUAUAAUAUCCUGAGAUACAAUGUCCAUGUCAGUCAUUUAUGAACCAAAAAUGAGGCCCUUUGCUUUCAUUCCACUGUAAUCGCACAUUAUCAUUACACGCGUUUAUGUCGUUUAGAGACCUUAGAGGCUUCGUAAUGCGUAUUUGUGAGUGUGAUCGUGUGCAUUCGUCAAAUCACAGAGGCUGGACCUCGUAUUUAUUCAUUCUUUCACGAACAUUUGUUAUGAACAUUAUUAGUUUUAGUUCAUUUUUACAUAUUUCUAUCUUGUUUUACUGUAAAUGUGAUUAUUUUGAGGGAAACAGAUCAAGAGCGAUAACUGUGAUGUAAAAACAAGCACUGAAAUAUGUUUCUUAUCGCGUCCAAUGUGAGGCUGAUCUUGGGAAGAGAGUCUGUUGCUGUUAAAACUCAAUGGACGGCUGUUUCGUAUGACGACACGAGAGAACGAGAAAGUUAGAGAGACGGUUCUUGAGCGCCCAGUGAACGUAUCUUGCCCGAUAACCAAUGGUGCUGACCUCACAGACAUUAGUACUGUGCUGUCGUGGUACUUGUGUCUUGUAACAGAUAAUUAGACGGGAUUGAAUCUAAUUACACUCUUGCCUCAUUGACCAUCUCGGCAGCAUAAUCUAUCCGUGUAGCAGGUAAAUUGUGUUUAGCUGGACGUACGCUCAAGCAGAUCUUUCUAAUGUUUGAUUCUCUCUGUGUUUGACGCUCAUGAAGUUUUGCGCCAAUGUCUGGGGUCCUUUUUGCUCGUUAAACAAUUAGCGUCCAAAUCCAAUGCAACGUGACAAGAUCCCAGCAUGAUGCCACAAACCAAGUGACCAACAAAACAAAAUACACUCUACAUUGUGUGUCUGUAAAAAUUGGGCGCAUUGUAUGAAAAUAAGGAAAUUGUUUUGUAUUUAUUUUUUAAGAUUUUUUUAAGAAUCAAUUUUGAAAAUUUCCAAAAAAAAGUUUCAGUUCAUUCAAAAGUUUUUUUGAAUGUUUUUUUGUUGUUGUUUGUUUGUUUGUUUGUUUGAUUCCUUGCUUCUAAAUUAUGAUCCGUUAUGAUUUUUUCCGCCACUUUAUAAGAGUUGUAUGUUUUGUUUAAGGAACAUGUUUUUUUUUUUUUUUUUAUAAUUAUUUCAUAGAAUCAAAGUUUCUUGCUCCCGCUGGGUUAUUUAACUUACAGAUAAAAGAAAAUACAAUACUGAUCUCAAAUCACUUUUCUUUAUGGGCCCCGUCAUUGGCACACUCCAGUCCACUAUAAUAACCCAUUCCGCUCCAGCUGAAAUGACAGGGAGGGCCGUAACCCAUCCCUUGAACAACUGGCUGCCUUAAAACCUGUUAAUUUAUUCAAUAUAAUCAUGUUUUUAUUUUUUAUAAGCAAAUAUAUUUAAUAUGUUAAUGUGUUUAUUCACUUGUGCAUAUUGUGUAGUGUGUUUUGGAAAAAAAAGUCAUAUAAAGGAACUUCAAAGAUUGACUUACUAUUAAGAAAGAAUUUGGAGCCCUUUAGUCAGAUAAUGAUUUGGUGCCAUUAACCUCUCUGUGAAUGCCAUGAGCUGUAUUUUCUAUUCACUCAAAUAUUUGUUUCUUUUUAAUCAUAAAAGGCCUUAAAUACUGUUUUUACGAUCAUUUGUGAUGAUGAUGAAGAUGUUCCUCUAUGACAUUAUCAUGUAUCUUACUAAGAUCUUUUGUCGGCCAAACACAUUAAUUUUCCAAACCUUUGCAUCUUGAGAUGAAACAUUAAACAUCAUUUGUAUAAUAUCAAGACAACUGAAAUGUAAUGAGAAAAUAAGAUGCUGUCGUCCAUUAUAAGGGGAUCAGGUCCCCUUGAAGUGAAGCCAUCUGCCACUCAUACAACACAUCUCAGCCUUAGUGUUUCUGUAUGAACAUAUCUUUCAGUAGAGACACUUUCUAUGAUGUGAGAUCUUUUUUUCUAUUAUCAUUGUUGAAGUGACUGAAGUGCACCAAUAAAAGUGACUUUAAGCAAUA